GAGCAAAGCAGAAGCUGAAUGAGCUUUGCCAGAGAGAGAAAUGGCCCAAACCAACUUACAGAGUAGAGAAAGAGAUAGGUCCUGCUCAUGAUAGGAGGUUUAUAUGCUCUGUGCAUAUUAUAAUUGCUGAAGGCAUGCUUUUUGUGAUGGGGGAUGAAAAGUCACGAGUAAAAGAUGCAGAGAAUUCUGCAGCUUUAGCAACUAUCCGGAGUUUGCAGGAAUCAAAGUUCAGUUGAUUUAUACAUAGUUCCACAUUCCAAUUCCAGGAUGAAGCAGGUAGCAGGGUUCGUUUCAACUUGGAAGUAUAUCUUACUCAGAAAAAAUGAACCUUGAGCCUAGAGCAACCCCAAAAGUAGGUCAUAAGGAAUGUUUCUCAGACUCUUCAAAAAUAUCGACCGAGUGCAUGGCAAAUACUUCAAAAGUAGUGCAUUUUUGGAGGAUCCGACACGGGUGCGACAAUAUUUUUGGAUGAUCCGAGCAACAUAGGGAUUCACCUAUUAAGUGCACAAAUCUACAAGCCAAGACGUAACCCAUCUGAAGCUUAAUGCGUACAACCAUAAUUUGGGAACAGAAGAAAAAGGAAGAGAAAAUAAAGUAGGUAAAGCGAAAGGAAGAAAAAGAUAAAAGCAUUCGAUUAAGGCUUUAGAAUGGCAAACUUACCUCAGUCUCUCUCAGUCGGUGUCAGCAGUUUCAGAGGAAGAGAUGGUAUGUCAUCAUCGUCUUCUAGUGCCGGAGCACCGGUCAAUAAGGAUCGCAAAAUGCAAUCUGCUGAACAGCUUGUGCUUGAUCUCUGCAACCCUAAUCUUCGUGAAAAUGCUCUUCUAGAACUUUCCAAGAAGAGGGAACUCUUCCAGGAUUUGCCCCCCUUAUUAUGGCACUCGUUUGGUACUAUCUCUGUAUUUCUACAGGAGAUAGUUUCUAUCUACCCUGUUUUGUCACCGCCAAACCUGACUCUUGCACAAUCCAAUAGAGUUUGUAAUGUACUAGCACUUCUUCAGUGUGUUGCCUCUCACCCUGACACCAGAUUGUUGUUAUUCAAUGCAUAUAUUCCUUUGUAUCUGUACCCCUUUCUUAAUACAACAAGCAAGUCAACACCAUUUGAAUAUUUGAGGCUUACAAGCUUAGGUGUUAUUGGUGCCCUUGUGAAGGUAGACAACACUGAAGUUAUCAGUUUUCUUGUUUCGACAGAGAUAGUUCCUCGGUGCUUGUGCACGAUGGAGAUGGGGAGUGAACUAUCAAAAACAGUUGCAACUUUCAUUGUGGAAAAAAUCCUUCUAGAUGAUGUGGGUCUGAAUUACAUAUGUACCACAUCGGAUAGGUUUUUUGAAUUAGCUCAAGUUUUAGGGAAUAUGGUCGGUGCACUUGCUGAGCAGCCUUCAUCAAGAUUGCUGAAACACAUAAUCAGGUGCUAUCUUCGUUUAUCAGAUGAGCCAAGGGCUUGUCAGGCACUGAAAAUUUGUCUUCCCGAUAUGCUUAGAGAUGACACCUUCAGCAGUUGUCUUCGUGAGGAUCCAAUAACGAGAAGGUGGCUGCAACAAUUGCUCCUUAACGUUAAUGGGAAUCGGGUUGCUCUACAAGCUGGAGGAUUUGAUCGUAUGCCGUGAAUCAUACAAAUGGGACUUAAAUUAAGGGUGCAUUGUUAGGAAUGCAUUUCUGUACUCAUAGGACGUGUAAUUUGAUGGAGUAUUUAAGGUGCAUGUGGAAUGCAUUUCUGCACUCAUAUUUAUUUAUGUAGUGCAUUAUGUGAAUUGUUAUGAAGAUUUUAUUAGGAGAUUAAGACUAUUAUUGAACCUUUACUAAGCCUGUCUAUUUAGGUUUUUCACUCGGUAUCUAAAUUCGGAUUUGUGCGAUUUCGAGCCUUCUGGUUAAGUAUGCAAGAAUACUUAUCAUUGUGGGUGUUUGGAAUGAAA